AUGUCACGCCUCCUUUCCCGGCAGGGGCAAGCCACCCUCCGGAGCCUGGGAGCUCCCUCGAGCUCGGCUGCUCGCGCGACAGUGCCGCGAAACACCCUCGUGGGCACAUGGCAGAGCGUACGCUGCUAUGCGAACGAGAAGCCUGAGUCUGGCGGCCCUAGUUUCAAGGGCCAGAUGCUGGAGAGCAUCUCGUCUCGUAUUGCGCGCGAAAAGCAGGAACGCGCCAAGUUCGCUGAGCAGAGACAGAACACGGCCGGCUCAAGACACUGGGCCAUCACUUUCAUGUUCGUUGCCGGCGCCCUUGGUUCAUACUACCUAGGCACGCUGAGCCCGCGAGAUCCCGAUUCGGGCUCGACCGUCCCGUUGUCGCAAGUCCGGCCCUGGAAACACAACCUCGGCAAGGCCAACCUCGAGGCCGCUUGGGCAGACUUCGCAGCCAUCGUCGGCAAGGAGAACGUGAGCACUGUCGAAUCCGACCUGAGCACACACUCGACCUCGCACUGGUCAUCAUACAGCGCCCGCGAUCAUGAGCGCCCCUUCUGUGUAGUCUUCCCAGCCACGACUGAGGAGGUUUCUGAAGUCAUGAAGAUCUGCCACUCCCGAAAGAUCCCGGUGGUCGGCUAUAGUGGCGGCACAAGUUUGGAAGGGCACUUCACCCCGACGGCAGGCGGCAUCAGCAUUGACUUCGGCCGCAUGAACAAGGUUCUGAAACUCCACAAGGACGACCUCGAUGUCGUGGUGCAGCCCGCUGUAGGGUGGGAGCUACUUAAUGAGCAGCUGUCCAAGGACAACCUCUUUUUCCCUCCGGACCCUGGCCCCGGUGCCAUGAUUGGCGGCAUGAUUGGUACAGGGUGCAGCGGCACGAAUGCCUAUCGUUACGGCACCAUGCGAGAGUGGGUGCUCUCGCUGACCGUGGUCCUCGCAGAUGGCACCGUCAUCAAGACAAGACAAAGGCCGCGCAAGUCGUCCGCAGGUUACGAUCUCACCAAGCUUUUCAUUGGUAGCGAAGGUACGCUGGGCCUUGUCACUGAAGCCACACUCAAGGUUACUGUCAAGCCCCAAAGCACCAGCGUUGCGGUUUGUGCCUUUGAUUCCAUCCGACAAGCCGCGGAUUGUGUAGCCCAAGUUGUUGGACAGGGUGUGCCUGUGGCUGCUGUCGAGAUCCUCGACGAUGAGCAGAUGAAAUGCAUCAAUGCCGCUGGUACGACGUCAAAGUCAUGGAAAGAGGCGCCAACUCUGUUCUUCAAGUUUAGCGGCACAGACCGUGGCGUCAAGGAGCAGAUCCAGAUCGUCAAGGACAUGGCAAAAGCCACAGGAUCCAAGAGCUUCGAGUUCGCCAAGUCUGAGGAGGAGAAGGCUGAGUUAUGGAGCGCGCGCAAGGAGGCCCUCUGGAGCACGCAGGCCAUGGCCAAGGAUGGUGAUAGGGUCUGGACUGGCGACGUCGCCGUGCCUAUGAGCCGACUCCCCGAGUUGAUCGAGUUGACCAAGGACGACAUUAAGAAGAGUGGCCUUUACGGCACCAUCGUGGGGCACGUUGGCGACGGUAACUUCCACAUCAUUCUUCUGUCGAAUGACCAGAACAGACCCGAUGCGGAAGAGGUUGUGCACACGAUGGUCAAGCGAGCUGUGGAGAUGGAGGGAACUGUCACGGGUGAACAUGGUGUUGGACUAGUCAAAAGAGACUACUUGCCACAUGAGCUCGGUGAGGCCACUGUUGAUACAAUGAGAAAGCUCAAGACGGCCCUCGACCCUCUCUACCUACUGAACCCCGAUAAGGUCAUUCGAACAAGGAAGCCCAAGGCCGGUGAGAUUGCUGAAUGGUGA